UAAGACUCUCGUGAACAUGCAAUUGCAAAUGCACAAUAUCACGAGUGCGAGUAGAAAAUAUUGGUGAGCUAUAAGGAAAUCAGAAGAAAUGGCAAACCCCAAGGUUUUCUUCGACAUGACAGUCGACGGCCAACCAGCUGGCCGCAUCGUGAUGGAGCUCUACGCCGACGUUGUUCCGAAGACCGCUGAGAACUUCCGCGCACUCUGCACCGGUGAGAAAGGCACAGGGAAAUCCGGCAAGCCGCUCCAUUUCAAAGGCUCGACUUUCCACCGCGUGAUCCCCAACUUCAUGUGUCAAGGGGGAGAUUUCACCGCCGGGAACGGCACUGGUGGGGAAUCGAUCUACGGAUCGAAAUUCGAAGACGAGAACUUCGUGAAGAAGCACACUGGACCGGGGGUGUUGUCGAUGGCGAAUGCAGGACCGGGGACGAAUGGGUCACAGUUCUUCAUCUGCACUGCUAAGACGGAGUGGCUAGAUGGGAAGCACGUGGUGUUUGGGCAGGUGGUUGAGGGUUACGACGUGGUGAAGGCGAUCGAGAAGGUUGGAUCUGGUGGGGGGAAGACGUCGAAGCCGGUGGUGAUCGCUGACUGUGGCCAACUUUAGAUCUAUCUCGUGAUGAUCUUUGUAUCAAGAUCUGAUGAUACUGAUCUGAUCCAUGUUUUAGAUUUUCUUUGCUCUCAUAAUGUGUGGGCUAUUUCGUAGCCAACUAGCCAUGUUUAAGUUGAAUAUCAUCAAGUUCAACUAAUUUCGAAUAAGAUGGAAUUAAUUAGGUUAAUUACCGAAUAUUAAUAUCCAA